ACCAUCUCUGCCAUUUCUUGUUGAAGUUGUCUAGGCUUCGAUAGGUUUUGCUGCUUCAUCCUCUCAUCACUCACAUACGCGAAAAUAGUAAGCAAAUCACAAUGUCGGCAACUGUCACAGAAAACCCCGUCACGACGACGAUCCAACGAGACUACCUCCACGAUUAUCAGAUUCGUCUCACUGGAGGGGUCGAAGAAGCCUUCGCGAGAGGCAAUGCGGACGCGCCAUCGCCAGCAGCAGUGAACCCGCCCGGCUGGUACGACCAGCAUCGUCAGGUCCCUCCGUACAGACCGGCGAACGCGAAUAUGGAUAUAGCAGACAGGCCGUGGGGUUCAAAUGGCAUCGAGUCGGCUUUUGUAUAUGUCAUGUUCAAUGGGUGUUGGCUUCAAGGGGUAACCAACUGGCUCUGGAGAUCUACGGGUGAAAGAGUGAAUAAGGAUUAUUUCAGGUGCAAGGUCGGUGGUGAGAUCUGAUCUUUUGGAUGAGAUCCUCAGUGAGCAGUGUGAUCAUGGAUACAUAAUGAUGGUGGCGGAUAGCAUUUGCUCUGUAUUCGUACAAUAUUUUCAAUAACAGCUAGUCAUCAUCUUCUUCUUCUCCAAGAUGCCAUAAAUUGAAAUAAAAACAAAAAUUGCUCUCUGGUUGAC